GGGAACCGCUAUGGUCGCAGGUUCGAAUCCUGCUACGGGCACGGAUGUGUGUGAUGUCCUUAGGUACCGGCAGCGGGCAGCGGAACUGUCACGGUUGUUCCGCGACCAGCCACAGCCGCCACUGGAGCGCGCUGUCUACUGGACGGAGUACGUGCUGAGGCACGGCGGCGCACCGCACAUGCGCAGCGCGGCGCUCGACCUCAGCUGGUGGCAGCUGCUGCUGCUCGACGUCGCGGCCUUCGUCGUCGUCUGCGCACUGGCGCCAGUCUUCCUCUGCCUCUUUGUGGUCCGCAGGUGUCGCCGCCCGCGCGCCACACGUGCAGCCUAUGCUGAGUCGAAGAAAAAGCAGUGAUGACACCGGCGCUUCGAGGCCCAAGAUACCUUCUUGAGUUCAGUGGGGUCGAUCACUCGCACGCCAUAUAAUCUGACUUCUCCCCACUGCAGUUAUGUCAAUACAAU